CCCGCGCGUUGGCGGUUAUAACGACUUGUUUAACAACUUUGUGUAGUCUAUCUCGUGAACUUCCCUUCUUGUUUUGAGGGAUAUAGAAAUUUAGCAUGUAACAAUUUUACUCAAAGCAUUAAGCAGAUUCAGUUAUUUGAUCCUAACAUUUGUUAUUUUGAUGCAGAAAUCUUAGUCAGAAACUAUCUGGACCACUGGCAGUUAUAAUGAGAAAUCUGAGUCAGAACCUACUAUCUGGACCACUGGCAGAUGUCUUUAGUCGCUUGGAGAAUCUUAUAAUGAGGGUUGGAGCUGCACUAGCUGUAAUUGGCGCAGCAGUCUUCAUUGCUGUUUGGACUCAUCAGUCUCCAAUUAGUGCACCCCAAGGUGCAUUAGCUGCUCAAUAUGAUACCCUGGAUUCCUCCUGCAGUGACUCUCCUCCACUGAUUUUCUCAUGGCAAUUGCCACCUGCACCAACCAUGACUCUGAAAAUGUCAAAAGGAAGAAGUUUCUCCAACAAGUUCAAAAUCCCAAUACGUGCCAAACUCUAUACAGUGGCAGAGUUGCAGUUGGCCACAAGCAACUUCAGUCCCGUGAAUCUGCUUGUGUUUGCUUAUAGAGCAGAUAUCCCUGAUGGACAGACAACCAAGGAAGAACAACUUCCUAUGGAAGAAGAGGAAGGUGAAAGUGGUGAUGUUGGAACCGAGGAAGAACAACUAAGUGGUGGUGUUGCUGAUCAAAGCGAAGUGGCAGAACCUGCUCCUGAUGUUGGUAAUGAAAUACGAGAAGAGGAAGGUGAUGCUCCUGAUGUUAAUAAUGAAAUGGGGGAAGAGGAAGGUGAAAGUGGUGAUGUUGGUACCGAGGAAGAACAACUAAGUGGUGGUGUUGCUGAUCAAAGCGAAGUGGCAGAACCUGCUCCUGAUGUUGAUAAUGAAAUAGGAGAAGAGGAAGGUGAUGCUCCUGAUGUUAAUAAUGAAAUGGGGGAAGAGGAAGGUGAUGCUCCUGAUGUUGAUAAUGAAAUGGGGGAAGAGGAAGGUGAUGCUCCUGUUGUUGAUAAUGAAAAUCAUCAGGAUUUUCAUGGUGAUGAGGAUGGAGAGCCAAAUCGCUAUCAACUUUGCCUCCUAAUAGGGAUUUUUCUUUACUCUGUUUCUCUUGUGUAUUUAGGAAUCAUUUUUUCAAUAGCUCCAAAUAGGUAAACAUGAAUUUC